AGAUUUUACCAUGUAUCACGAUUUGUUUACUCGUUCAACUUUAUUAGCUUUUAUCUAAUAGUGUUCUCUAAUAUUUUUGAGUCAAAAAAUUCAAACUAAAGUGAGAAAAUUGUAUGGCAGCCAUUGCUAGCAAACUUGCAAACCGUGGCAAAAACGUGUUCACUUCCGAUACUUUCUCCGGUAACAAAGGUUAUAUGAUAACAAUAUCACACCAUUAACGUCGGCUGGCGAUCGGAAAAGUUUGCUUCCAGAAGAAGAGGAAGAAACGAAAUCAACAUUUCGCAAAAUCCUCUUCUUCUCCAUUAUCUUUUUUGUUUUUUUUAAUCUAUUAUUGUACGGAUUUACGUACAAUUUUGAUUUGACAAUGGCGGAUCAGGAGGAAUUUGUGAAAUCGGUAGAAGACGGGUUGAGGUUAUCAAAACGGAUAUAUUUUGGGAAGGAUCGUGCGGUUGCGCCGCCGAAGCAGAUGACGGCGAUGGAGAAAACGGCGGAAUCGUAUUUUCCGACUUCGCCUAUGAUGUAUGCUGUGAUUGAGAAUCCUGCGUUCGUUGAUAACCCGGAUAUUCCGAGUUAUCAACCUCAUGUGCAUGGCAGGUGUGAUCCUCCUGCUUUGAUUCCGUUACAGAUGAACGGAGUUUCGAUUGCGGCGGAUUGUUAUUUCGAUACGGCGUUUAUCACUGUUACGGGUUCGUGGCGUCUGCAUUGUGUUAUGAGUUGCCGGAGCUGUGAUUGUCGCAUUGCUGUUCCCAUGGGCGAACAGGGUUCAAUUCUAGGUGUCGAGAUUGAGUUACCCAGGAAAUCAUACAGCACAAAACUAGUUGCCGAGGAUGAUGAAAAAGAAAAUAAGAAGUUAGUCAAAAUUGAAGAUGGAUGCUUUCUGAAGCCACAUAUUUUUACCCUUACAAUACCAGAGAUUGAUGGGGGAACAUAUAUCUCAGUCACUAUUAGAUGGUCUCAGAAGUUAUUGUAUUGCGAUGGCCAAUUUACCUUGAGCAUACCCUAUAGUUUCCCGGUGUACGUGACUCCAGUUGGAAAGAAGAUAUCUAAGAAAGAAAAGAUACAGUUUAAUGUUAACUGUGGUCCGCGAGCUGAGGUUUCGUGUAAGGCUAUCAGUCACCCUCUUAAGGAACUAGACGACGAAGAUGAAAAGUUAGGCUGGUUCUACGAAGCUGAUGUCCUUAACUGGUCAAGUAGUGAUGUUAUAAUUACUUACAAGAUCUCGAGUCCCAACUACCACGGCAGUGUACUUCUGCAAUCUCCCCAACAACAUGACACUGAUCAGAGAAAGAUGUUCAGCUGCUAUCUUUUUCCAGGUGCCUUGGAGUGUAGAAAGGUAUUCAGAAAGGAAGUGAUAUUUGUUGUUGAUAUAAGUGGGAGCAUGAAGGGAAAACCAAUUGACGAUUCCAAACAAGCACUCUCUGUAGCAUUAUCAAAACUUGAUUCCCAAGAUCUGUUUAAUAUAAUAGCUUUCAACAAUGAAGAGUACCUAUUUUCAUCAUCUCUGGAGGUAGCAACCAAGGAGGCUAUUGACAAUGCAAUUCAGUGGAUUGACAUGAACUUUAUUGCUGGUGGCAGUACAAAUAUCUUGAAUCCAAUGAAACAGGCCAUAGGGAUGUUGUCUAAUGCUGGAGAAUCCAUGCCUAUCAUUUUUCUGGUCACAGAUGGAGCUGUUGAAGAUGAAAGACAGAUCUGUGAAUUCCUGAAGAGUCAUCUCACACAAAACAGAACAAUGUGCCCACGACUUUACACAUUUGGCAUAGGAUUAUUCUGCAACCAUUAUUUUCUACGCACACUAGCAACGAUGAGUCGUGGUCAUUAUGAUGCUGCUAUUGAUGUUGAAUCACUUCAAGUUCGUUUGGAGAGGCUAUUCUCCAGGGCUUCAUCUAUCAUCCUUGCAAAUAUUGCCUUUGAGAACCUUGAUGGCCUUGAAGAAUUAGAGGUGUAUCCUUCUCAAAUUCCAGACCUUUCAUCUGAAGGACCUGUAGUCUUAUCAGGUAGAUACCAAGGAGUGUUUCCUGAGAUGCUCAAAGCUAAAGGAAUAUUAGCAGACAUGAGUAGUUUCUCUGUGGAGCUGAAAGGGUUCAAGUCCAAAGCCAUACCUCUUCACAAGGCACGGGUGAAGCAGCAGAUUGAAAUAUUCACAGCUCAGGCAUGGUUUACACAAAAUAAGGAUCUUGAACAGAAGAUAGCAAAAAUGAGUAUACAAGAUGCAGUGAUCUCUGAGUUUACAUGCAUGGCAUUGGUGGAGACAGAAAAAGUGAAAGUCAUUAAGCCAACCACAAAGAGGAAGGUUCAUUCUGAUGAUGAGAAGAUAGAGGAACGCUUAGUACAGAAGACAAUAUUACUACACUACCUUGGCUUUGGUUUUGGUAACCUCACUGCUACAAUUGAGAAUAUUCCUCCUGGGGCCAUCGAUAUAGAGGACGAAGCAGCAGAGAUUAUAGCAAAAGCAACAUCUAAUUGUUUUGGGAAGUUGUGUGGUCUAUGCUGCUGUUGCAGUUGCUGCAUUAGAACAUGUUCGAAUAUGAAUCAUCAGUGUGCAAUUGCACUCACACAAUGUCUAGGUGCAUUGGGAUGUUUAGGUUGCUUCACUUGUUGUCAAUACUGCUGUUUUGAAGAUAAUAAAUAAAAAAAAGGGCAGCUCGAUGGACUAAGCUCCCACUAUACGCGGGGUUUGGAGAAGGACCGGACCACAAGAGUCUGUUGUGGAGAUAAUCAAUGAGAAGAAAAUUACUACUACUACAACAACUUCAACUUUCCCCCAAGAUU